AUGCUGAGCUUCAUCCUCUGCUUUCCCAACUUCAGGCUCGCGGCUGAAGUCAAUAUGUCAGAAACGAAUGGCGGCUUGUACUCACCAAGCAGUCCGCGGAGACAUCAGCAGCAGAAGCCAAAGCUCCCGCCUCGACAGUACCAGCCGAUCAUCAACGCCAGACCACGAACACCUCAAGGACUGAACGGCCACCCUGUACCGGACACUUCGCAUCUCGCGCCGCCACCACAGCGCUUAAGCCAACUUGACGUUCAAAGCGAACCUUCAGCAACCGACUAUAAGAGAGAUCUUCGGAACUUAACAGCAUACCUGAUUCCUUACCCGAAACCGCAUCUCAAAGGCGUGGCACCCGAGGACAUACCACACCGCUUCCUCGUCUACACGCCUCCUCCUCCGCCUUUCCACACGAAACCUCCAGAAGGCAAACGAGAAGGCGUCACGCAAUGGACCAAACGCCACUGGUACAAGGAGCUCCGCGAAGCCAAGAUGCGGGAUCCUCCGAAUGGCAAGGCGACCAAGUGGAAACGGCUCAAAUGGAAAGGAACGAAAGCGACAGACUGGGGAAUUCGAAAAGUCAAGUCUUCGAAUUUGGAGUUCUUGAAUCGUGUGGCGGGGUUGCAGGAUGAGGCUGAUAGGCUUGCUGAGGAUGUUUAUCAUCGAUCUGUUGCUCCAGAGGAGAUUCGACUGAUCUAUCCGCCCGCGAUGAGUGAGCUCGAAGAUCUGGAUGAGGAGGCGUUGAAGAGAGAAUUUCUGGCUUCGAUGGAGAGGACGAAGAGAAAGGCGUAUAAGCAUUCGGUGUAUGCGACGUUGUUGAUGCCUCCUGCGUUGGUGUUUGAUACGGUCAUUGUGCCUGUUUGGCCAUUUGGUGGGGCGGCGGAGGUGGAUGCUGUGUGGUUGUAUGCUUCUGUGAGAGGAGCGAAGACGUCGAGAGAUGUGAUGAAGAGACUAGAUGGCGAGGAGAAGAAGAGGAAGAAGAAAGGCAGUCGCUUUUCUUCGUCAAAGAAGAAGAAGGGCAACGAGGAGGAGAAAAUGAAUGAGCCGGAAACGAAUGGCCACGGCGAACCUUACCAGCAUAGCCAUUCUGGUACCUCGCCGCCCUCCACAACAAUACAGGACUCUGAUGCACAGCAGCAGCGAAACCACCACAAAGCUUCCUCCAAGAAGCACAAGUCUCCUCUCAACCUCACUUUCAUCCCCUCUCCCCGCAUCUCCCUCCUCGAACAAUACCUCGCCUCAGCCUGCCACAAACACAACCCGGACCUCUUUCCAAUCUACAACUCCCCACCCAGCGAAACCCAAGUCCUCGAAGCCAUCGGCUGGUCACACAGCGAUCAAGAUCCUGCGUAUACCCUAAAUCGAAAUCCAAGUCGACAAACCAACGCCACAACUCCCAACCACGGCGAGCCUGGGAACUCAAAUGCAGACCACCGCACGGAUAAUAGACCCACGUCUACUGGAAGCAGAAGAACUGCAAGUCGAGGAAGAGAAAGAGAACGAGAUGCGGGCAGAGCAGGAGGUCUGGCGCAAAAGGCUAUGAGUUGGGAUGAUGAGCAGUGGGAAAUUUUGCAAGUCAAGGAUGAUUUGAAGGAUGUUUUUGGCAAAGGGGCGAAAGAGUGGGGAAAGUGGUGUUUGUUGUGGAAGAGGAAGCCAAGGAAGGCGGAGAAGAGGUGA